UGAGUCCUCUCAGUCCUGCCAGGAAGUUCAAUCGACCGCAGAGCGAAAGGCUCGUCAGUGGAAUAAUUGGGGCUACACUCAAGCUAACAAUGACUUUCAACCGGCUACUAUUUCGAACCAUUCUUAACAGCAGAGUUGGAUCCAGGUGUAUGUUCACCAGCUCCAAGCCGGACACUGCCAACCCCAACUGGGUCAGAGUGGGCCUCGCCUUUGGCGCAGCGGCUGCUUUUUGGGGACUGCUCUUCAAGCAGCACAGCACAGACGUCCAUGAGUACAAAGUGAGGAAUGGCCUGGAAUAAUGCACCAGACCUCAGUGUGAGGGUCCUGAAAUCUCAUCGAUAAAACACACCUGUAGUCCAUUUGUUUCUAUUGUCACUGCUCCACUUUGUGUUCAAUAAAUGUAUGUCAUGCCAAACAUUCAUGGAUUGUGAGCAAUUACUGAUUGUGAUGCUGGCUACCAGAGGUAUUACAUUUCACAAAUAAAUUAUUUUCUUAUGAAAAUGAGCCAUAAAACUCAGCUUUUCAAAUCUGAAGUAAAAUUGUUUACUUUUUUCAUCAUCAGUUCAACAGUGUUCUACCAAUGCUUUUUAGUUUUCCUCUGUUAACAUGUUUGAGAUGAGAAGUUUAAUGAUGGUAUUGAAAAACGUAAUGGCAUAUUGCUGUGUUUAUGUCACAUCAACAGAUAAUCUGACAAAACUGAAAUUCUGAACAAAUACUAGACCAUAUUUUGAAUUAAAACAAAAUUUGUAGUCCUUUAGCUACAUGAGACAACUGUUAAGGUUAGCAUUCAGCUACUGUGUAGAUAAUAUUACUGUCUGAUACUAUGAUGUGAUAUAGCUGGAACCAUGUAAAACAACUUUGAAGUAUCUCUCUUGCUAUAGUUUUACAUGACCAAGUGUCUGAAACACACUCUCCCACUGUAUCAUGACAACUACAUAUGAGUAACAUCAUCGGAUCAAUGUUAGUCUGAUAAACACAAUGCAAGCUGUUGUUUGUCCAUUAUAAAUAUGUCCUACUUUGAAACCUGGUUUGAUAUCCAUCCACAUUUUCUCUGUUCAUUUUAUUUUGAAUUAAUAAAUAGGGAAGGAUUGAAG